AUGAAGAGCGUUCCUGAGAGCCGGUACAGAUUUUUGUUGACCCUUUCUGAUCACUCCUCGACGUGGACGAGGUUUAAGACCCAUGAAGAUGUGCGCCUGCAUCUUCGUUUGUUUCUCACAAAGGCGGUUCACCUGGAGCUCGUCAGUGAUCUGAGUACUGAUGCGUUUCUUGCAUCUUUCAAGCGCUUCGUUGGACGCAGAGGGAAACCCGCCGAGAUAUUCAGCGAUUGGGCGAUUAAUUUCGUCGAGGCUAAACAUGUGCUGAAACUGUGGAGUUCGGAGGCAAUUGGGCGGUAUUUCGCCAACGAAGGUGUUGUCUGGAGAACAAAUGUUCCAUCGGCACCAUAUUUCGGAAGACUCUGGGAGGCAUCUGUGAAAUCUAUGAAGUAUUAUUUGAAACGAGUAAUAGGAUGUCAAAUCCUGAAUAAUGAAGUAUUUUCAACUGUUCUAGUGGAUACCUAG